UAGUACUACAAUUUGGCAUUUCUAUUUUUCUGAACUCCAUGUAUGUAUGUAUUAGGAGUACUUUAGACUAUAUGAAUUUUCACUUUUGCAAAUUGAAUUUCUUUGCAUAGUAUUUGCAAAUUUUGCAUCUAUUUACGUUUUUCGCAGCAUCACUUUCUUCAAUUGAGUUGUUUGAUAAUCCGCUCUUCAGUUUAGUUUCUGAGAUGAAGUAAUUUUACUAUUUGUAAUGUUUCUGCAUAUCAAGUGUUUCUUAUAACCGAUUAAGAAACCUUAACUCUAUUCGGUUCAUAUUGUUUUUGCAAUUUUGAGUUGAAUGUGCUUUAUUUGAGUAGCAAUAAGUGUGAUUGAAAUUUGAAAGAAGCUUGAUCAAAUUAAAAGAGGGUUACUAGAAAAAAGAGGUUUUGAGCAAUUAAAAGAAAUAGAAUGGGAGUUUACGGUAACUGUAGCUAAUUAUAUGCUUCAGCGGGUAUGAAAUGAACUUGCUCUGCUGAAGGAAGUCUAUUUUUUUGUUGGAACUUGCUCGUGCUGGUUAAUCUUAAGUUAAGUGCUUAGCGUGUUGUUGCGAAUUAGCAUGAUUUUAUCUGUAUCUGUUAUAACAUGUUACAGAGCCUAAAAUGACUUGCGAGCCAGAAAAGGAGUCUAUGGACAUCGAGAGUGCGGGAGAAAGCAAAGAGAUUCCAUAUGAGGUUGUCGGAAAUGGUCUUAGUCUCUAUCCAGUCUUUGCUAAUGAUUCAGGUGAAGGCCUUCCAUAUGCUCCUCAAGAUUGGCCUAAUCCGGGUGAUAACUGGCGCUGGAAAGUUGGGAAAAGAAUUUCUGUUUCAGGAUACUUUCGAGAUAGAUAUAUUUAUGUUCCCAGCAGGUUCCGCAAGAUAGGAGAUUGUAAAGGCUUCAAGAGCAGGCUCUCACUUGAACACUAUAUUCGAGAAAAAUUCCCUUGUGCAGAUGUUGAUGCUUUCUUUGCCUCUUUCAGCUGGGGAAUCCCUUCAAAACUAUCCAAGAAAGAUGCAGCCGACCGAGAUAUGCUCAGGCUCCUUCCGGAGCCAGCAAAAGAUCCAGUAUCUGAUGGCGUAGCACGUUGUAAAGCUGGUAAUAGAUUUUGCAGCAGCUUAGCUGCACAAGAGGAGUCCGCUUCACAAAUCAUGUUAUGUGAUAUUUGCUGUGGUGAAGCUGGUUUCUGCAGAGAUUGUUGUUGUAUAUUAUGUUCUCAAACUAUCGACAAAGCUUCUGAAGAAUACAAUUCCAUUAGAUGUGAAGCUGAUAUCGAGGGUGGUACUUGUGGACAUAGUUGUCACAUUGACUGUGCUCUACGAGCUUACAUGGCUGGGACAGUUGGAGGGAGUAUAGGUUUGGAUGCAGAGUAUUAUUGCCGUUGCUGUGAUUCAAGAACCGAUCUAGUUCCACAUGUUACCAGACUAAUAAAUGAUUGGCAAUCAAAUGGGUCGCAGGAUGACAUUGAGAAGAUCUUGAAUGUUGGCAUCCUUGUGCUGCGUGGGUCAAAUAGAGCAAGCGCAAUGCAGCUGAUGCAUCUUUUUCAGUUAGCCAUGUCAAAGCUUAAGAAUGGCAAUUAUCUGGAAGAUAUUUGGAAGAUGGGUCAUGUCUCUGAAGAUACUUCUGGAAAGAUCGCGAGUUGAUCUUCUUCACAAGACUGAUUGCAGGAGUCAUUAAUAUUCUCCAGCAACUUUGGUUGCAACUUCAUUAAGUGGGAUUUGACACAGGUUUGAAAACGAUAUUGAUCUCAUUCUGGAUGCACUAAGAAAGUCGCAAGAGAUUUGAGUACAGACUUGCUGAGGAAAGGCUCGCAGCUCAGAAGGACUAUAUCGUUAAUCCCUACGAACAGCUUCACAGACAGAGGCAUACAUCUUUAUCUGACAACCAGGGCUUAUCGCUCAAUGCAGUCUUAAGCAGAGUUUCUCAGGUGAAGCGGGAAGUGUCCCGACUCAAGGACUUGGGCAGAGUCUCAAGGCAUUCAGUAGGGUUCCUAAACAUAUCCUUUAGGAACAAUUCAGUCUAGAUCUUGAGCAUUGACAAAGCUUUCUCUAGGGAAAUUCACAGAAAACCAGGAAUGCUUUAUAUCACAAUUUUCUAAAUGCUGGAGAAAUGUUUUCUUGCAGAAUGUAUAAUGAAUAUGUUUGUGUAUGUGAUAUGAUGAAUAUUUGUGUCUGUGACUCAAUGUUUUGGUGUUCCUUUAGUAGUUCGUUUAUUUCAAAUUUGUAUUGAAAAAUCCCUCAGAUAUGAGUCUCUCUCGAUCAAAUGUUAUUGAUUUUCCUAUAUUACUUUUUAA